AUGGCGAGCCCUCCGCCGCCUGGGCCCCCCGGGCAGGCGGGCGGCGACGGCCCGAACCUCAACAACAACAACAACAACAACAACCACAGCGUGCGCAAGUGCGGCUACCUGCGCAAGCAGAAGCACGGCCACAAGCGCUUCUUCGUGCUGCGCGGCCCCGGCGCGGCCGGCGACGAGGCCCCGUCCUCGGCGGGCGGGGGGUCGGCGCCGCAGCCCCCGCGGCUCGAGUACUACGAGAGCGAGAAGAAGUGGCGGAGCAAGGCGGGCGCCCCGAAGCGGGUGAUCGCGCUGGAUUGCUGCCUGAACAUCAACAAGCGCGCCGACGCCAAGCACAAGUACCUGAUCGCCCUCUACACCAAGGACGAGUACUUCGCCGUGGCGGCCGAGAACGAGCAGGAGCAGGAGGGCUGGUACCGCGCGCUCACCGACCUGGUCAGCGAGGGCCGCGCGGCCGCCGGCGACGCGGCCAGCGCCGGCUCCUGCAGCGCCUCCCUGCCUGGCGCCCUGGGGGGCUCGGCCGGCGCGGCGGCGGCGGGCGACGACAACUACGGCCUCUUCGCGCCCGCCACGGCCGCCUACCGCGAGGUGUGGCAGGUGAACCUGAAGCCUAAGGGCCUGGGCCAGAGCAAGAACCUGACGGGCGUGUAUCGCCUGUGCCUGUCGGCGCGCACCAUCGGCUUCGUGAAGCUCAACUGCGAGCAGCCGUCGGUGACGCUGCAGCUGAUGAACAUCCGCCGCUGCGGCCACUCGGACAGCUUCUUCUUCAUCGAGGUGGGGCGCUCGGCGGUCACGGGCCCCGGGGAGCUGUGGAUGCAGGCCGACGACUCGGUAGUGGCGCAGAACAUCCACGAGACCAUCCUGGAGGCCAUGAAGGCGCUCAAGGAGCUCUUCGAGUUCCGGCCGCGCAGCAAGAGCCAGUCUUCGGGGUCGUCAGCCACGCACCCCAUCAGCGUCCCCGGCGCGCGCCGGCACCACCACCUGGUCAACCUGCCGCCCAGCCAGACGGGCCUGGUGCGGCGCUCGCGCACCGACAGCCUGGCCGCCACCCCUCCCGCCGCCAAGUGCGGCUCCUGCCGGGUCCGCACGGCCAGCGAGGGCGACGGCGGAGCGGCGGCGGCGGCCGCCGCGGGGGUCGGGGUCGGGCCCGCGGCCGGCAGGCCGGUGUCCGUGGCCGGGAGCCCGCUGAGCCCCGGGCCGGUGCGCGCGCCCCUGAGCCGCUCGCACACGCUGAGCGGCGGCUGCGGCGGCCGCGCGGGCCGGGCGGCGCCGGCGCCGGCAGGGGGCGCGCUGCAGCACAGCCGCUCCAUGUCCAUGCCCGUAGCGCGCUCGCCCCCCGCCGCCACCAGCCCUGGCAGCCUGUCGUCUAGCAGCGGGCACGGCUCGGGCUCCUACCCGCCGCCCCCGGGCCCGCACCCGCACCUGCCGCACCCACUGCACCUGCCCCCCGGCCAGCGCCCCUCCAGCGGCAGCGCCUCCGCCUCGGGCUCCCCCAGUGACCCCGGCUUCAUGUCCCUGGACGAAUAUGGCUCCAGCCCCGGCGACCCCAGGGCCCCGUGCAGCCGCCGGAGCAACACGCCCGAAUCGAUUGCGGAGACGCCGCCCGCCCGGGACGGCAGCGCGGGUGAGCUGUGCGGCUACAUGACCAUGGACAGGGCGCCGGGCCCCUGCGGCCGCCCAUACCGCAGGGUGUCCGGGGACGGGGCGGACCAGGACCGCGGGCUGAGGAAGAGGACCUACUCGCUGACCACACCCGCCCGGCAGCGGCCUGCACCGCAGCCCUCCUCCGCCUCCCUGGACGAGUACACCCUGAUGCGGGCCACCUUCUCCGACAGCUCCGGGCGCCUCUGCCCGCCCUUCCCGGCGUCCUCGCCGCGAGUGGCCUACCACCCCUACCCCGAGGACUAUGGGGACAUCGAGAUCGGCUCCCACCGGAGCUCCGGCGGCCACCUGGCGGCGGAUGACGGCUACAUGCCCAUGAGCCCGGGCGCCGCCCUCCUAGGGACCGCUGCCCUCCCGGGGGUCGGCCGGCCGGCCGGCCGGGGCGACGACUACAUGCCCAUGAGCCCCACGAGCGUGUCGGCCCCCAAGCAGAUUCUGCAGCCCAGGGCCGGCCCCGCCGCCGCUGCCGGCCUGCCCCCCGCGGGCGCUGCCGUGCCCGCGCGCCCCUUGGCCGCGGGCAGGACCUUCCCGGGGGGCGGCUGCAAGGCAGGGUCCCCCGCGGAGAGCUCCCCGGAUGACAGCGGGUACAUGCGCAUGUGGUGCGGGGCCAAGCUGCCCGCGGACCACGCUGACCCCAAGCUGCUCCCCAACGGGGACUACCUCAACAUGUCCCCCAGCGAGGCAGGCCCCGCGGGCACCCCGCCUGACUUUUUCGAGGAGGCGCCCCGGGGCGCGCCCGGCGGCUUCUGCUACAGCUCCCUGCCCCGCGUGCACAGGGGGCCCUGCCCCUGCGGCGGCGGCGACGGCGACCAGUACGUGCUCAUGAGCUCCCCCGUGGGGCGCAUCCUGGAAGAGGAGAGGUCGGGGCCCGCGGCGGGGGGCCUCGGCCAGGCUCAGCACCCCUCGGGGAGGCCCGGCGGGGGCGGCGGCCGCGCUGAGGUCCUGCCAGGCCCGCGCUGCCGGGCGGUGCGCCCCACGCGCCUGUCCUUGGAGGGGCUGCAGACCCUGCCCAGCAUGCGCGAGUAUCCCGCGCCCCCUGAGCCCAAGAGCCCCGGCGAGUACAUCAACAUUGACUUCGGCGAGGCGGGCCCGCGUCUGUCCCCGCCCGCGCCGCCGCUGCUGGUCUCGGCCGCCUCCUCCUCGUCGCUGCUGUCCGCCAGCAGCCCGGCCUCAUCGCUUGGCUCGGGCACCCCAGGCACCAGCAGCGAGAGCCGCCAGCGCUCUCCACUCUCCGACUACAUGAACCUGGACUUUAGCUCGCCCAAGCCCGGCGCCCGGCGCGGCGGGGACCCUGCAGGCUCCCUGGACGCGCUCCUUUCCCCGGAGGCAGCCUCCCCUUGCCCGCCCCUGCCGCCUCGCCCGCCAGCCUCGCCCUCCGCCCUGCAGCCGCCGCCCCCGCCGCCCCCCGCCGAGCUCUACCGCCGGCCUCCGCCCGCGCCCGCGCCCGCCCCCUCGGACCCCGGCGCCCCCGCCGAGCCCCUCGGGGACUCCGCCGGGGACUACACCGAGAUGGCCUUCGGCGUGGCCGCCACCCCGCCGCAGCCCAUCGCCGCCCCGCCGAAGCCGAAGCCCGACGGCGCCCGCGUGGCCAGCCCCACGUCGGGCCUGAAGCGGCUGAGCCUGAUGGAGCAGGUGUCAGGCGUGGAGGCGUUCCUGCAGGCCGGCCCGCCCACCGACCCGCACCGGGGCGCCAAGGUGAUCCGCGCCGACCCGCAGGGUGGCCGUCGCCGCCACAGCUCCGAGACCUUCUCUUCCACCACCACCGUCACCCCCGUGUCACCCUCCUUCGCCCACAACCCCAAGCGCCACAACUCGGCCUCCGUGGAAAACGUGUCUCUCAGGAAAAGCAGCGAGGGCGGCGGUGGCAGCGCCGGAGGGGCCCCGGUGGACGAACCGGGUCCCGCCGCCGCCCCAGGCCAGGCCCCGCCGCUCUCUGGGCCCCAGGCGCCCCCGGCCCGCGCGUGGACCCCCGGGCAGCCCGGGGCCUUGGCGGGCUGUCCCUCCGGGGCCGGCGGUUCGCCCCUGCGCCGAGAGACCUCGUCGUCGGGGUUCCAGAGCAGCCUCAACUACAUCGCCAUUGACGUGAGGGACGAGCCACCACCCGCGCAGCACCCCCAGUCCGCAGACAAGAGCUCCUGGGGCCGGACCCGCAGCCUGGGGGGGCUCCUCGGCGCGGUGGGUGGCGGCGGCCCGGGCCCCGGUGCCCUGCCCGCCGCCAGCGCCUACGCCAGCCUGGACUUCCUGUCCCAUCACUUGAAGGAGGCCACCGCGGUGAAAGAGUGAAGCCCUGGUGGACCUCCACUGCACCGCAAGGUCGCACGUUGAGAAAAUUGUGCUCCGAGGAGAUGCUCAGCACGCCUCCAACCCAAAGCUGCUUUCAUGUUUCGUUCCCAUCUGAGUAACUCUACAUACAUUUUGAGACAUCUGUGAACUGUGUUAGACAAGAAGCCGACACCACGAUCGCCUGCUGCCUCCCUUGCUGCCCCCUCCGUGGGGCAUCCAUGACUGUGCUGUGUGUGUUGCAUUUCGUUUUGUUUCAUAACUAAAUUAGCAGAUAAAGUUCUUCUCCAGCAAAUUGGAUAUUUCCAUUGGCCUUAAAUUGUGGCCAGAGUCUUAACUUCCUCUUCCUUUCGUGUUUUACAAAGCAGGGUGUACCCCUCAGCAUGCUGGGAGAUUCUCCCACACCCACUGGAGUGGUAAAAUCUGGUAUUGACUGGCUUACACUCAAAACUACCACAGUCCUACCUCAGUUCAAGGUAAAGCUGGGUUGCGGGCUGAUCACAGCGGGACCUUCUGCGAAUCCAUGUCCAGUGCAGCCCCCGCCUCCGGUGCCCGAGAAGACGCGGAGUCCAGCCAGGACCUGCCAGGAUCGACUGUGUUCAUAUGCACACAGAGCCCGGUGUGGGACUGAUGAUUCUCCACCGAGUGAAAUCUGGGACUGGACUUUGAAGAUGGAUUCUAAGAAUAAUUAUUAAAUAUAACUGAAGCAACCUACUUUUGAAGCUCAUCAAUCAGCUGGGUGGGGGCGGGUGGGGGCUAGAGGGCAUGACUUACCUCUUUGUAUCUUUGACUGGUGUAUCUAACCUUCUCUGUGUAGAUGUUUGUGUAGGUACUUCAAAUCGCAAAAGCCUUUUCUCCUAUCCACAAGCUCAGAUGUCUCUGCUGUCCUGAAUCUGGGCCUGCAUUUCUCUAACCAAAAACUCACGUAGGCAUGCUAUUAGCUCAGAGCUGGUCUAGGUUUGGCAGAUUUAACUUUUUAAAUGCAUUACCUUUAAUAUAAUGCUAUUUUGUUGAUCAGUAAGGCUGCCCCAAACAGAGAGAGAGAAAGAGAGAGAGAGAGAGAGAGGGGAGUCAUUCCAGCCAUUGUGCAAUUAGAGAAAUGAGAAGAGAAGCGGUGCCGUCUCUCACAGUCUGUGUUGCUUGAUGAGGCUGAGGCUACCCUUGUUCUGUGUUUUCAGUGUUUCGAGAAUGUUGGCGUUGUGGCGAUUGUCACAGAUGUCACCUAGGACUGCUGAGCUUCCCCACAGAGUGUCUGUCAGCCUGCCACCCUGACACGUGGCAGGAGGCACCGCCCACCCCAGUGCCUGUCUCCCCGAUCGUCCUGUAGAGGCUGCACUAAUGCUUGGAGAUUGAGUUGUUGGUUUUUUGUUUUUGUUUUUGUUUUUUUUUAUUGGUUUUGUUGUUGUUGGAGAAAAUAUAUAUAAAUAUAUAGAGAUAUAUCACUAUAGAAUAAUGCAUUAAUUAAAUGAGGCUUUUUAGAGGAAGACCAAAAAAUUCAAUGUCUUAAAAAAAUAUAUGUAAUGGCAGUGCAAAAGUCUUCCUGCUUCUGUGUGAACCUUAGAACAGAGGAUUGUAUUGCAAGACAAAGUUGAAUGUAAAGUGAUCCCCGAGCAUUAAGGUUUUACUUUGCUGAGAUGACACAUCAUAGCAGUGCGUAGGCCAUACACACCAUGUCAGUUUGAAGGUCAGUUUCAGUGUACACUGUACUUUAUUAAAAUGUACAAAAUCUCCAGUUUUAUUUCGUUGUGGGACACUAGGAAUCGGCGGAUGGUACUUGCUCAGGGGCAGAGGACUGAACACAGGCCUUCCUGGUUGCAGUGCUAGAUGUGUAGGUUUUGACUCAAUCCAGAUGGCUCAUGUCCCUACUGCACCUGAAAAUGCCGAUGCUGUACUAAAUUCUCCUCUAUCCUGUACAUUUCAAAAAACAAAAGGCAUAUGCAAUAUUUACAUUUUUAAUUUAGUUUACAGAAAUGAACCAAAAUGUAUAAAUGUUAUGUUUGCUAAAACUUCACACUGUAUAUUGGGUCUUUGUACAUUUUGCCUGACUUACCUUAAAUUUAAAAUAUUUUUUGCUAUAUAAACUUUAACAGUUAGUAAACAGUGUUUUCUUUUGGGUACGUAUUGUUUCUGGAUACGAAGAUGUUAAAUAUAUUUCUUGCUAUCGUGUUAGGAAGAGACUUGACUUCCCUCACCCUGUCUUCCAUGAGCGCUGUACAUAGGGCAGGUGUGGCGCUGCAGGAGACGAGGAUAAACUGGACUAGGGUAGUGCGUUGUAUUUUAGUCUGUACUGACCGUGGGUACCCUCCUUAAUAGCCAUAUGCAAUAAAAUAAAAUACAUUAUUUAUGAAAC